AGAUGCAGGAAUUAUUGUAGAUCUGAGAAAUGUCAGUCCAGAAAGAAAGAAGGACACAUUUGCACAGUUUUUUCAAGAAACCGAGCGGUAUUUGUCUGAAGAUGUAGGUGUUACUGUUAAUGACCGAAGACAUGGAGAGCAACUUUAUCUUGCAAAGGCCCUGAGUUUUACCGAUCUACACAAGCGUGUUGCCGAAAGGCUACCUGAAGGGACACCAACACCUUCAGUAAAGUGGUUACGCUAUCAAUUUCAACCUCUAAAUCCAAAUGCAGUGACAGCCAAGUACUUUAAAGGCACUCUAAACAUUAAGAUGAUGGUUCAAAAACGCCAGGUACGAGUCAAUCAUGUGGACUCCCACUAUUGUGCAGCAAUGUGGCGUUACAUGAGAGAGUUUGCAGUGAUGCACCGUGAUGUGGUGGAACUGGUUUCUAUGGACGAUAAACACAAGAUUAAAGUGGGUGAGCCCAACUAUCCUCUAGCUGCUGCCCAAAGAGGUAAACAAGUUUUGGUUGGAGUAAACCAAACAAUGGCAGUGGGAGAUCACGAUUUUAGCAAGAGUACACUCACUCCUUCUGUGAAUCUGAUUAUUGAUAUUCCUGAAACUAUCAAUGGCAGUUUUUACAGGGGAAAUGUAUAUGUUGCAUUUAAAGAUGCCGUGUUUGAACCAUCUUCGCCUCUGCGUCAUUCAUCUGAACUUCUGCAAAUUUUACAAGAAAGAGGGGAGUCAAAACCAGUGUUACUUCUUUAUACUGAUGGUGGCCCUGACCACCGGUCAACCUACAUGUCUGUAAAGUUGGCACUAAUUGCUUUGUUUAAAGCACUCGAUUUGGACAUGCUUAUAGCCCUCAGAACAGCCCCAAGCAAUUCAUGGGCAAACCCUGUUGAGCGAGUGAUGAGUAUUAUAAAUAUUGGCCUGCAAGGUGUUGGUGUUAUGCGUGAGAAGAUGAGUCCUGAAUUUGAAAGGGCUGCAGCGAAGGCGAAUAGUGUCAAGGAAAUGCGUAAACAGAUUACUGACAACCUAAAGGAGGAAUUUCACUUGUCUCUAAGGCAGCCAAUUGACCUGUUGAAGGGUCAAAUGUUAAGAUUAGGACUUAAAGAAAAGCCUUUACAGACAUUCGAGCCUUCUACAGAGGAUAACAUCAAUGAACUCUGGCAGCACUGCCUGGCAAUUCAGAAGGAAUUACAGAGAGGACAUACAACUCAAAAAGAUGUGAAAGACCUAUCUCAGCUCCAGAAAUAUCUAAAGCAUUGUUGCAUCCAGAGCCAUUAUGGUUUUCAAAUUAAAAAGUGUGGUAAUAAUCAGUGCGAGAUGUGUGGAGCUUUGAAGGAUGAAAGAACAAGAAAUAUCAAGACAUUACCAUUCCCAGUCUUAUCAGAAGACAAAGAGCAUUAUAAAAAAUUUGAACAGGUGUAUGGUACUAAAACCACUGAAGCACGGCCCAGUUUAAAAGUGAGAACCCCAAAGGAAAAAAAGAAGCUUCCAUUCUCCCCAUCUGUACAGCAUGCUAGAAACACUGACACAAUGGUGCAAUGUGAAGAGUGUGAGAAAUGGAGAUUAGUUUUUUCAAGAAAAAAGUUAAAAAGGCAGCAAAAAGAAAAGCUUGACCAGCUAUUAGAUGACAUCUCUUACACAUGCGGGUUUACGUUUGAUGAUGUAAUUUUACCAUCAGGGCUUGAUGUCUAUAUUAAAGAUGUGGACUGUGCUGACCACAUUGAACGACUGUAUUACAGCUGUGGUUAUGAACCAAUAUGUAUUUUUUGUGGAGAGUAUGUGGCUACAGGUGAAGAAAAUGAGGAGGCAUACCCCCAGUGCCAGGAAUGUGAUCAUGAGCCUAUCAGCAAGAGAGUAUAGCUUUAACUAUUGCAACAUUUUGUUUUUGUUAAUAAAACUUUUAUACAUGUGAUUUGUGGCAUGUUUUUCAUUGAGUAUGGAACUUGGUAUUUAGACCAUAACCCAUAUUUUACUAGUAAACCAGUAUUCUGCAAAAUAAUGAAUAAUGAAUAAUGAAAAAAAUCCUCAUCAUUUUCAAAAUGUCUGUUUACGGUAA